UACUAGGCAACAUAUUUCCAUUAUUGUUUCAAUGUUACCAGCCUGAAUAUUUAUUCAAAAUUUUGGAAAUCCACAGAUUUAUGAAUAUUAAGUUGAUUCUAAAUGAGUGACAUUCAUGACCUUUGCGACUGUAAACCUAUUGUCUGUUAUGUUCUGCAUGUUGAUGAUGAGAUGCCUUCAGGUUCUCAGAUUUCAGCCUCACAAUCCAUGACACAAUCCAUGACACAGGCAGAAAAGGCAGCCCAGAACAUGGAUCCUGCAGAACAAGAGAAAAGAUUAAAUGACCUGGUACAGUACCUUCUGAUAAUGGAUCAGAAAAAAAUUCCAAUUAAAAAAAUAGAUAUCAAUAAGCAGGUUCUGAAAGAAUUCAGUAAAACAUUCCCGUACAUGAUUAAAAAGGCUGGAGAAAAGCUGCUUAAAGUAUUUGGUAUAGAACUGAUACAGUUAGAGGACAAGCUGAAGGGAACCUAUAUGUUAGUUAAUAGAAUAGAUACAGAUGUAGAUGAGUUAGAAGAGGCAGGACAUGGACAUAUAUUGACACCAAUGCAAUGGCCAGAAGAAGAUAAUUCAAAGACGGGUUUACUACUAGUGGUGUUAAGCUUGGUUUUUAUGAACGGUGAAGUGAUGCAAGACACUCAUUUAUGGCACACCCUUAGAAAGCUUGGAAUUGACCAAGAUAUGCCACAUGAGGUAUUUGGGGACACAAAGAAAUUGUUGACACAAGAGUUUGUAAGGCAAGGAUACCUGGAGUACAUCAGACAGCCUAACACAGAUCCCGCAGUUUAUGACUUUAGAUGGGGACAGAGAGCAAGACAUGAAAUAUCUAAAAGAACGUGUUUAAAUUUUGUAUGCCAGUUGUAUGAUGAUAGAGACCCAGAGCAAUGGACCUCCCAGUAUGCAGCUGUGCUAGAAGAUGAAGGAGUUCAGAAUGGGGGUCAGACAUGAAAGUUCAGUAUGUCAAGGGAGUUAACUCUGUGAUUGGAGAUAUGUGCCAAAAUGGUCAUUUAGACCAAAAACUGUCCAGAAGACUAUCUGGUAUUAUUAGGAAGAAGAAAUGAAGUGGACGUUUUUUUUUGUGAACUUGUAAUGACAGCUAUAGCUCCAUAUGUUCUUGGAGGAAUCUAUAUUUUUUAACAUGUUUUAUGAUCAGAAUAAAGAAACAAUUUACCAAUA